GGCGGGGCGGGAGUUGACGGCUCCUUGUGCAGCUCGGCGUCGCUAGCUCCAGUCGGCCCGUCCGGGUUGAGUCAGCUCGUCGAUCUACUUCUUAUUUCCACCACUUCAGUGGACGCCAUGGCGGCCGCGGACUCGCGCUUCUCGAGCGCCGGCGGGCCGGCCAGCAGAGCGGGGUUCCCGGCGGGGGAGAGCAGCGGCGGCGGGCCGGGGCCCGGGGCCGGGGGAGGCGGCGGGGACAGCGAGCGGGAGCGGGAUCGAGCCUCCUUCGAGUGCAACAUCUGUCUGGACACCGCCAGGGACGCCGUCAUCAGCAUGUGCGGACACCUAUUCUGCUGGCCCUGUCUUCAUCAGUGGUUGGAGACGCGGCCCAGCAGGCAACAGUGUCCGGUGUGCAAGGCGGGCAUCAGCCGAGAGAAGGUCAUCCCACUGUACGGCAGAGGAAGCUCCAGCCAAGAAGAUCCCAGGUUGAAAACUCCUCCCCGACCUCCGGGACACAGAACAGAGCCUGAGAGCAGAGGCGGGAUGUUUCAGGGUUUUGGGGACACUGGCUUUCACAUGUCCUUCGGCAUCGGUGCUUUCCCCUUUGGCUUUUUCACCACAGUCUUCAACGCAAACGACCCCUUUCACAGAGCAGACCAUUAUGCAGCUGAUCACCAAGGCAACGCCAACAUGAAUAACGGCAAUAACAACUGGCAAGACUCCCUCUUCUUGUUCGUGGCCAUCUUCUUCUUCUUCUGGCUGCUGAGCGUGUGAUGAAGACGGGACGGACGCCCGCUGGAAAAGGAUCGAGGACUGGGUGGCAGGGUGGAGCGCGAGAAACAAAAACAGACAAAAAUAACCUGCAUACUUAACUCAAGCUACAGACACACAUCUUUAAAAUAUGAAACCCGGGAGAGGGUGGAGGGUCGUGUUUGAUCGUUAAACAAGAAAUACAGGUUUUUUUCUCCUCGCAAAAUCCGAUCACUCCGCAGCAACAAACAUUCACAACACCUGCUGUGGUCAAAUUUCUUUAUGCAAAAGACACGUACUACAAAGUAGUACCAAUUCCCAAAUAAGUUGUGUUGGCCCUUCCCUCUCUGCACACACCUGUAGAUAAAUGCACACAGAAAAGUGGAGGUGAGUUCUGGAGUUUGAGGCUUUCACUAUCGGUGUUCAGAGACAGUAUUGCGUGAUCAGGGUGAACUUAUGUCAUUGUUUGGUUGGUUUUUUUUUGUUGUUUUUGUUUCCUGUCUGUAGACAAGAGGUGGGUGGUGACUAACCUUUGGUUUUUCACACCCAUCCCUCUUGAAGGAGUUUAAUCCUCAAACAGAGUGAGGGAGAACUCUUUGCAGGGAGAGUAUAGAGGGGAAUGGGUGUGUGUGGCGCGGCGUAGCGGCUCCUGCAGCAGACGGUUGUUCCCCUGGAAGCCCAAACACACCGGAUCGGCCAUGUGGGACGUCGGGGACGGCAAGCGUAAUUAUGUCCCUGUUUACAAUUUUCCAUGUGAAAUAGGCUCCUAGAAUUGUUGACAGCGAAAUGGCACAGAUGGGACGCAUCCAAUAUACAUUUGUCUUAACAAAAAACUGCCAUUGCACUGUGAAGUCAUUAGUGGACAAGUUAGUCUUUAACAUUGGAGUGUGAGCUGGCGCUGAACCACUCGUAGCUUUUAUUCACAUCCUUUCCUCUGCCCAUCAAGGCAGGGGAAAGAAAUAAUCAAGCAGGUAUAAGAUAAGAAGGCUACCGUCAGCCUGUAAUGUUUUUGGAUUACAUAAUGUACUAACAAGAGACGACAGGUGGGAAUAAAAAAAAAAAUGCUUUGUCACAAAGGUGAAAACUAUUUUCAGGAUUUGGUGCCAGUUCUCUGAACGGUGCCUCCCCCAAACCCUCAUCUUUACAGUUGUUUUGUCCAAGUCUGUGUUGGAAUGAGUGCGUGGAUACUUUAUAUAUUUGUAUAUAUGAAUAUUGUAAAUUGUGUUUUUAUGUGUUUCUGACUGGGGUACAAGCUGUGGGGGGUGAGAGAGGACAAGAUGUGAAUGUACACCUUGAGAUUCUUUUGUAAACUGAGAAAAAGACCUGACUCUUGGUUUUUCCGAGCUCCUUAAACAAACUCCCAGAAAGCCGACCUUCCCUACUAAUGUGAAUGAAGAUUAUUCUACUUUAAAUUCCCCGUUAUUGUACAAGUCACCACCAUAUGGAGUUAACGUUCAUCCAAUCAUGUAAAAAAAAAAACAGUGUGGCCUCAUUUUUGACCCGAGAGAUGCUCAUAAGAACAAAAUCUGGGAAUCCUGAGAUUAAUUGCUCUGUUUCUCACCCGUCACAUCUGGUGCUUGCAUAACCCACCAUGCGUUUCCAUUGUCUCAGCCGGCCAGCAAUAACUGCAGUGACCUGACGCUGUUGCCUUAGCAGCAACAACGGGCUUAACUCAGUCACAGAAACAGUAACUGUCCUUGGCUGGAGUUCAGCGUUUACCGAGUCAGGUCUUUAAUGUUCACACCAGGGUCAGAGGAACUCCAGGUCGUCUGUGGGAUGAACGCCGUGUCCUGCUCACUCGUCCGCUGUAGCUACGCGCUGUGUUAAGGGGCUAAAGUGACACUUAAACAGGCGGUCGUCACACGUUGUGAGCCUUCUGACAGUCGAAACUUUGAGAUAUUGUGCUAAACCAAAUGGUCAAAGGAGAUUAAAACUUCAGGAAAACAUUGUGUGUUUUUUGUC